ACAAACACGAAGUGAAGUUAAAGAGAAGUGUUGUAAAAAGAACUGGUAUAUAAAAGAGCUUUAAUUUACUAAAGUGACUGUGCAAGGAUUAACGAAAAAACACAUCAACAUUUUUUGUGAGCCUAGAGCAGCAUUAGCCACGGUGUUUGGCUGUCAAAAAAUGUUGGGGUCAUCAUCUAGAGAUCAACUUUUUUAGCUUUAGGAGACUAAAUUGAUCAUACAGUAUGAUAGAUUUUACCAUUUUUGAAUGGUGAAAGGUUACAGUUCACUUUUGUACAUAGUCACUAACCAAUAAUCGAAGAAAGUUGUUUUCGUUCCAAUCUGUUGAAUCAAAUAUUUUAGAAAUAAUGAUAGGUAAAAGUAAAAAUUUUAUACUCUGAAAUCUUUAGAACGGUAAAAUAUGAGUUUUAAAAUUAAAUUUGAGUGGUAAAUAAUAAAUAAAUCCAAUUUUUGUCCCAUUUAAUAUUUCACUCCUCAAUUACAGACAUUGAUAAAUUGUCAUACAGUAAAUAACUUAACAUGAGAAACCAAACUUUUGGCGAGUGGUUUUUCCUACCGAACAAUAUUACAUGGAAUGAACUUCGGGAGACCGUCGGAGAAAGUUAUCCAGAAUUUGGUGUCUACUGGCAAUGGUCGAUCUUUUUCGGCGCAGUUCUGUACAUUUUCAGAGAUUAUAUCCUCAUCCCUUUCAUUCUGAAGCCCUUGGGCCUGAGGGCUGGCGUCAGGUCUCGGCCUUAUCCUGCCCCACCGCCCAACAAAACUCUUGAAGAUUUGUAUGCUGUAAACCGAGCGCGACCGCCGCGCCAACUGCUGACAGCGGCCGCGUCGCGCAUCAACUGGUCGGAGCGAGCAGUCGAAAGAUGGCUUCGGCAGAAAGCUUUAUCUGGGCAAAUGACAACGCUGGAGAAGUUCUGUGACAUGGGUUGGCAAGCUACAUUUUAUGGCUGCUUUUUCAUCGCUGGGCUUUUCAUAAUGUUACCACAGGAGUUCGUAUGGGAGCCGUCCAAAGCCCUAACCAACUUUCCGUUUGAGCAAACGCAAGCUGUCAUUUGGUGGUACUGUGUUAUCGACACCGGCUUUUAUAUUACGCAGUCUUACGUCCUGUUUACUUUAGACCGUCGUCAUGACUUUUACAUCAUGUUGUCUCAUCACAUCAUAACUUUGUCAUUGGCAUGCCUCAAUUUAACUAUGAACAAUCUAAAGCAGCAAGCCUUAGCCGUGUUCUUGCACGAGGUGGCAGAUAUUCCUCUAUCCGUUGGUAAAAUGCUUCGUUACGUAGGCAGGAACGCUGAUAUUUUAGGGUAUGUGUUUGCGCUAAUUUGGAUUGCUACCAGACUCGUUGCUUUUCCUCUAAUGAUAUUAGUUCCAUCGUUCACAGAGACAUCUGGAAAGAGUUGGCCGGCUAAGUUUUUGACACAAGGUAGCACCUCAAUUUUGUUAAUCUUGCACAUCCUUUGGACAUUUGAGAUCGUGAAUGCCUAUAGCAGGAAGCUCAACAAUAACAUGGAUUUAAGCGACGGGCGUUCGUCACCCGAAGAAUUGUCCGGUGACAGUGAAAAUGAAAAGAUGAAUCACGGAGGCAAAAUUUCAAACGGAAUAAUAAAAAAUGGAACUUCUGGGUCAGGUUAUUUCAGCAAUGGAAUAACGCAAAGGACGGUUUGGAAGGAUAUAUCAGUUGAUAAAGCUCGGCUAAGAAAUUAGGUCGUAGAUGAACUCUACUCUCGCCUACACCACAAACGUGAACUCAUGACAGAAUGCAUUAAAUUCAAGUGAAUUUAAUUUUUCUGCGAAAUUCUAAUUCAACGAAUCACUCAUAGAUCGUCGUUUUUGUUAUGCAAAUUUUCUGUACUAAAUAAUGAUAGGAGAAGUUUGAAACGUUUUGCAGUUGUAUAUGACGUUGAUAAAUUGAUUAAUGUGACUAAAGUCUAUACACAAUGCUUCAAUUGAAAAUGAAAUGUUAAAACAGUUUUAAAAUUGUAAUGUAAUUGACACUAUAAAAAAUUCGGGGUAAUUUAACUUUUUAGGAAUAAUUUAUAACCGUAAUUUUAGUUCAUGUGUUCAAGAUUUUCAACAUGACAAUUAACCGCAUUGUUUUACUAACAAGUUUUCAGGGCAACAAGUUCUGAGCCAAUUUUCUGUUAGAAUAUCUGCAAUAUAAAUGAGUACUUCAUUGGCAUUCUUCGUAAUUUUGUGAUUUAGUUAAUAAUAAAAACAUAGAAUAAGGAAUAAUUUUUUAAUUCCAAUGCAAUCGUUUCCUGAGGUCUUCCUAAAGAAAGAACCGGCAAAGAAAGAGCUAAUAUCAACAAGAUGUCAUCAUUCAAAGAUAAAUGAAAUUGUAGUAUAUAAAAUGCACAGUCGCGUAAUAAAUGCAACCAAUUAAAGUUUGCCCACUGAUAAUAGUAAUUUCCAUAAGGUUGCAAUGCAUUCUGUUCGAAGAAUAUGAUCCAUGAAUAUGUUUUUAAAAAUUACAUUUUAAAUACAACACUUCUAAAGAAUACA